UUUCCGUUUGCGAUUUUGGGACUCGAUAUUGGUGUAGACGAGAGAAACAGCAAACAUUGCAAUGACAACAUUUUUUGCAAAAGUUAAACAGUUUCCGGAUGUUCCUGAGGAUGAAACGAUUACACUUGAUCCAUACUUAGAGGCAGCUGAGGGUGCCACCACAAUCUUUGAUUUACUUGGGGUUGCCUUCACACCUGUAAAAAGUGACAUAACAGGCAAUAUAUCAAAAUUAAGAAAAAGACAGGCUGAGGACAAAGAAAAAUUUCCAACAAUAAACGCUAUUCUACAAGACGAAAAAGACAAUAAAACUUCAAAAGAAGGUCAGAUUGGUGCACUGUGGCUUAAUAGGGCCUUGUUUUUUAUACAGCAGCUUCUGGUACAUUUGAUUGACAGUUUGAGAAAGGAACCUGAUGAAACAAAGUUCCGUCCUAUUAUUUUAAAGGCUUAUGAAGAAACACUUAAACCUUUCCAUGGCAUGAUUGUAAAAACUGUCUUUUCUACUGUUUCAAGAGCAGCACCAUACAGACCUGAUCUGAUGAAAUUAUUAGCUCUAAAUGAAGAAGGGAAAGAUGAACAAGUAAUUGCAGAUAUGGAAUCCUAUUUAGUAAAUUUGAGAAAAAAUAAUGAUGCAGUUAUCAAAAUACUUAAAGACCUUGGACUCUAUGCAGAUGGAAAAGUGUAGAAGAGACAUGGUUUUAUUAGGGGAAGACUCCAUGAGUUUUUGACAUGACAAAAUUUUAAAGUUGCUAUUCACCAAGUCUGUCAGAACUAUCUAUGAAUGGGACAGGGAAACAGAUUCUUAAAAUUCCAAGACUAGUUUCAAUAUAACUAGUCUUGAAUUUUGUACAUGGGCUGACCAUAUAACAAAUUUGAGUGAACUAAUUUUAGGUGCAGAUUUUGUGUACAAUAAAUUAUUACAGUAACUAUUCUUUAAGUUGGACAUCUUAUACUUUCAACAUUCCUUUGAUCUUUUUGGUAAUGAUUACCGGGUAGAAAAAAAUGGUUUAAAAUCAAGGGUGAGUUACUUAUUUGAGGAAAACCAAUUUUUAUUGAUAUCUCUGAUUGAAAAAACUAUAAAUUCAAAUACUAUGCAAAGCACUUAUUUCAAAUCCCUAUGACAGGGAGGAAAAGCUGAAAUGAUCUCCAAAGGUAAAUGUUGACUUUGACCACUAUGUCACCAAAGCCCCAAAAAAAUCAUUCAUAUUAUUAUUUCAAAUGAAAGGGAUUUAUUUUAACUUUCUUGUCUCAAAUAAAUUUAUUUAUUUUUUGAUUUAUAUUUAUAUACGUAACAUAUUUAAAACCAUUUUAAAAUGGUGAUCAUGUUGUAUAGAUAUCUGUUGCUUGUUAUGGUUAAUUGUUCAAAUGGCAACAGAUGAGCUGCAUCAGAUAGAAAUCGACCUUAUGCAAGUGCACGUAUAUAUGUACAUGUAUAAGACUUUGAUUGAUUUUGGAACAUUCAAAUAUGAAAUAAAAGUGAAUUUUGGUCUGUUUUGUAUGGUUCUUAUAACAAAUCAAUUUUCAAACAGUUUCAAACUUUCCAUAGAGAUUUUUUUCAACCCAAAAUAGGUUAAUAGAUGUAUUGAUAUUCAUUAGCAUAAGGUCGAUUUCUAUCCUAUGCAGCUCAUAUGAUAUAUUAUUUGCUAAGUUUGUUACAUUUGUGUAAAUUUAUAUGAAUCUAAAAAUUAGAAAUAAGGUAUUUUCACUAAAAAUAAAACACCUGAUUUUCUAUUUUAAAUUAUCUUAAAAGUUUUGAUGCUAUAAUUGCAUGUCUGUUUUGUUAUUUAUUGUAUGGCAAUUUGUUAUCGUUCGUCAAAUACCGGAAAAUGGACAUCAACGUUAGGUUUUAAAGAAAAAAAGCAACAUAUUAGAAUAAACGACAAAUAGUAGGAAACAGGAAAAUAUAUUAUGAAAAAUACAAUUUUUGACAGCCAAGGUUCCUCAAGAUGAUGUUCAACAAACCUAUAUAUAUAAAGGGAGGCUGAGCUAAGUUUGCUGUUAAUAUAAAACUCAAGUUGAGCAAAAUGUCAUUCAUUCAAAAUUUAUCAUUAAUUGAGAAUGACAUAUUAACAAUAUCAAUAGUAGCAAAUAAAUGACAAUGACAUUAAAAAGCAAAGGUGGGGUUUAGAAAAUGCCACAAAUCCCCAAAGGGGUUCCCCACCCGAGGACUCCCUGUCCAGAACAAACAUAAUUGUAUGGUAUAUAAAGCUUGGGAAAAUAAGCCAUUUCUGACAACCACAAUGCAGAGCAAGCCAUGUUGACUUCUAUAGUUGAUAUAGACGAAAAGACAUGUGAAAAUAAAAACAAAUAGUUAAUUACAGUCAUGUGAAAAUGUUCACUUAAAAAUUCUAAAAUAUAAAAAGAAAAACAAACAAAUAACAUUAUUUCACAAAACACAAUGUAUUUGACAUGUUGAAUGAAAAACAAAUGUAGAGCAAGCCAUGUUGACCUCUACCCAAAUAUACUUAAAUGUACGAAAAACUGUAGAUCAAACCAUAUUGACCUCUACUAGUUAGUCUAGAAUGUUAAACAAAAUAAAAACAAAUAAUUACUACCAAGAGGACAGAAGAUUAUUUACUUACAUACAAAAAUUAUCAAGUCUUAUGUAAUGCUGAAAGGCAAUAGACUUCCAUCUACCCAUGUUUUAAAUCAUAGCUAAGGGCAUGCACUCCUCUGGCAGCUGCUGAAGUUGCAGCCCCAAUUCUAAAACUGUGACCCUUAUAAAGAUUUGCAUCCAAACCAGCAAACAAUAAUAAACUAUAAGAGGAAUUAAAGUUAAAUGAUGAAACAGGCUUUUCACACUGAAAUCUAAAUAGAGGACCGAGUUUAUGAUUUGACAACCGUAAAUACUCCAAUAGAGCAGUAACAGGACAAUCUGUAUUUCCUUUAACUUGUUUUCUAAGUUUUAACACAUUUUAAUGCUCUCUGAAACUGUUUCAAAGUUCAAACAAUUUCAGCAAUUAAAGUAGAUCUAAAAAAAUGUUUUAAUACAUUUUUUGUCAGUACAAUGAUACCAGUGUUAAAUAUCUAUACUGUGAGUGAAUACCAGCAUAGUUAAAUAUUUCUCCAAUAUAAUUAGAUAUAUUCGUCUACCUAUAUUUUUGAUGUGCAGUAUAAUUUGCGUAUUUGAUAUUUAUAUUUUGUAAAACAUUUUUAUACAAUGAUAUUUUUCCAAGUGGAAGUGUAUGAUAAAAAGAUCAUAACAUGACAUUUUUCAUAUCAGAUGUAUUAUCAGCCCUCAGUCGAAAUCAAUCCAAGUACAGAGUAUACCUCAUUUGUACUCUGUCACUUUAUACAAUAUUAUAAUUUAUGUUAUAUGUUAUAUCAGUAAUACAAUUUAUAUUGAGGUUUGAUUGGUUUUAAUGAUAUUUAUUAAAAAUGUAUCGUUUUUAUGUGCAGCACAUGGAGUCUAGGGCCACGGACAUAAGUAUUCAUCAAUUAAAAUUUUUGCUAUAUAUUUCAUGUAAAAACACACUCUUUAUAAAAAAUAAAAUUGAAGGCACAUAUGGUUGAAUUUUUACAAUCCAUGUUUUGAAAUCUGCAGAAUUGUCUGAAGUUUAUUUUUUUUUAGUCUAAAUUUUGUCCGUUAUUUUGUUUUCUCCUGAUGUAAACACACAUGAUAAUUAUUUAGGAAUUUAUUUAAGUUGGAAUAAAAACACUAAAAUUUAGGAAAUAAAUAAGCUAAUUAACCUUUAAGAUUCUGCUUAUAGUGGUACCAGAAAUGACCCAAUCAUUACAAUACCAAGUGGCAGUUUUAUAUUUCUAAUCAUAGAAUUAAAUUUUAGAGGAUGAUAGAAGCUUUUAUACUUGCAUUCAUUAAAAAACCUGUGCAAUAUACAAUGUCGUGAUAAAAUGCUAGUACUUGAAACAAUAAAAUUUCAUAGUAUAUUUUUCCUGCAUGUCAAGAGUUUUCCCUGCCAAAAUAACCAAAAUAUUAAAACUAUUUCAUAAAGUUUAAUUUUCACAUAGAAAUUUUCACUAAAUCAUGACUAUAUGUCAUGUAAAACACAAUUACAUUUAGUUUUCAUAAUAAUAAUGAAAAUUCCAAAGAAAUUUUUUGACCUCACUUUGGUUUAUUUCAUUUAAGUGAACAAAAUGCAAAUAUUCAUGACUUUUCAAAAUGAAAAUUCUGCUUUUCAGGACUUUUGUACAUUCCAUGGUAAAUUUGUAUGUAUAUCUUUUCCUAAAAAGUUCAGCUGAACCAUUUUAAUGUCCAAAAAAUAAUGUGAAAUUAAAAAUAUACAAACCUUUAUAUGUAUGACUGAUUGCAUAAUUCUAAAAUUAUGUUUUAAUUGUAUUCAUUUUUUCAGCGUUUAUUUAGAUCUGCUUAUGUGCUUUUAGAUCUCUCUAUACAUAUUCAUAUUGUAUUGAUUAAAAUGGCAGAACUGUGCAAUAGGGCUAUUUCAGAAUGUCUUUUCAUGAUAAAGAUUCAAAUUUAAAUCUCAUUUAAAAAAUGCUAUUUAUUUCUAAAAAUAAUUGUGAGAGGAUACCACAAAUUUGGAAUUUCUAGUUGGGGUUAUUUUUGUUUCUUUCUGCUUUUCUGAAAAUCUAAAAAUUUUCAAAAUGGGAAAGUUUAUGUUACCAUGUUUGUCAAAAUAACCCCUGAAAUUAUUUUUUUUAUUAAGUCUCCCAAACGAAGUUUGGGAAGACUUAUUGUUUUUGCUCAGUUCUUCUUCUUCUUCUUCUUCUUCUUCUUCUUCUUCUUCUUCUUCUUCUUCUUAUUCUUCUUCUUCUUCUUCUUCUUCUUCUUCUUUGCUCAGUUCUUCUUCUUCUUCUUCUUCUUCCGCCGCUUUUAAAUUUGAACUUGUCCGCACCCAUUCUCCAAAACCGCUUGUCAGAUUAACUUAGGGUUUCACAAUAUGUUAGACUAACAUGUCUAGUGGUGCAAUCAGGGUUUUGUUUGUGCAAUGGGGUUUAUAAAGGGGUACUUUGAGGGGCAAAAAGAAAAGAGGGUUUUACUAUAAAACCCUAUGGGAUUUUAUUUUUUAAAAUUUUCAAAUGAUUAUAAAUUGAAAACCGUUUGUGAUAGACACAAUCUUUUUAAUUGAAAAUGUUCUAAAUGAUAAAGCCCAUUAAAUGAAAUACAGGGUUAGUCCCCAGGGGCCACCCCCACCCCCUGCCAUUUAAGAAAGUUCUAAUACCUUGUAAGUGGUCAAGAUCCCCACCCCUAAACCAUAUAUAUUUUGGUUUGUUAUGCUAAGAUGGUUUGAAUGAUAUACUGGGUUACUCCCCAGGGGUCAUCCCGACCCCCUGCCAUUUGAGAAAGUUCUAAUAUCCUGUAAAUGGCCGAGAUCCCCACCCCUAAACCAUAUAUAUUCUGGUUUGUCAUGAUAAAGCACAUCAAAUGAAAUACAGGGUUAGUCCCCAGGGGUCACCCCCAUCCCUUGCCAUUUAAGAAAGUUCUAAUAUCUUGUAAGUGGUCAAGAUCCCCACCCCUAAACCAUAUAUAUUCUGGUUUGUCAUGCUAAGAUGGUUUGAAUGAUAUACAGGGUUAGUCCCCAGGGGUCAUCCUGACCCCCUGCCAUUUGAGAAAGUUCUAAUAUCUUGUAAAUGGUCGAGAUCCCCACCCCUAAACCAUAUAUAUUCUGGUUUGUCAUGAUAAAGCACAUCAAAUGAAAUACAGGGUUAGUCCCCAGGGGUCACCCCCACCCCCUGCCAUUUAAGAAAGUUCUAAUAUCUUGUAAGUGGUCAAGAUCCCCACCCCUAAACCAUAUAUAUUCUGGUUUGUCAUGCUAAGAUGGUUUGAAUGAUAUACAGGGUUAGUCCCCAGGGGUCAUCCCGACCCCCUGCCAUUUGAGAAAGUUCUAAUAUCUUGUAAAUGGUUGAGAUCCCCACCCCUAAACCAUAUAUAUUCCUAUUUGUCAUGUCUCGAACAUUUGAAUGACGUAUACAGUCAGUCCCCAGGGGUUCCCCCCACCCCCAAUGUUCUAAUAUCUUGUAAAUGGUUGAGAUCCCCACCCCUAAACCAUAUAUAUUCCUGUUCGUCAUGUAAUGAACAUUUGAAUGCGUAUAGGGUCAGUCCCCAGGGGUUCCUCCCCACCCCCAAUGUUCUAGUAUCUUGUAAAUGGUCGAGAUCCCCACCCCUAAACCAUAUAUAUUCUGGUUUGUCAUGCCAAGAUGAUUUGAAUGAUAUACAAGGUUAGUCCCCAGGCAUCACUAAUGCAUAUAACUUUACUGGACCAAACCAAUUUUCACUGGACGUUGCCCAAUGUCAGGUGACCCUGGGAAUUACGAAUUAUGGGAGCUUCGUUUGGGAGACUUCGUAACAGCAUCCUGUUACAAUCAUUUCUUGUUUAUUUUAGUUAAACCGUAAACCACGAAAUAAUGCAUUAUUAUAUUUUGAAAAAGCUUUUACAUAUUUUUUGAAAUAAUAUACUAGAUCUACAGCUGUUUUUAAUAUUUUUUUUAUAAAAAUUUCUUUGUUGUGAUGUUUAUGCAUUCUAUGUAUCGAGGAAUUAAUCUGUUGUUUUAUACAUACUUGGCUUUACUUUAUAUCAUUUACAACUUAAUUUAUAAGAAAAUGUUAUUAUGAUAUAUAUUUAUAUAAGGUCUACCAAAUAUCAUGCUUUUAAUCCUUUAACAUACUCUACCAUUCCAAAAUUUUUUUUAAAAUUAUAUGGUUGGAUUAUGUAUGAUCAUGAUGAAGUCAUAAACAAAUUUAUUCUUUUUAUGUAUGUUAAUUCGCUGUUUCAGAAUCAAAUGCAUUAUGGGUUAUAUUUUUUAAAGCAUACACCAAAUCAUUGUGAUUCACUAACAACCUCCUAAACAAAAACAUUGCAACUAAUUAUGACGUUAUUUUCCUUUUGGGGAAAACACAAUAAAAUAACCCAUAGUUCUAUAGAUUCUGAAAGUGAGAAAUAACACAUGCUAUUAUAUUUGGGUACUGGAUAGUGGUAUGGGGUAUUUUCUUGCAGGGGUUCUUAGUUGUUAUAUUGUUUUUCUAUUAUCGCUAAUUUUUAUUAUUCACCCAUGGAAGACGGGAAGUAUUAUGGUAUACCAAUUUCUGUCAGUUCCUCCGUUUAUACAGAUGUCCGUCUGUCAACACUUCAUACAAUAACUCAGAUUUGUUUAAACCAAUUUUCAUGUUAUUUUUACACAACAUUAGUAUUGAGGUAUGAAUGCUCCCUUUUGAUUUUUUAAUUAUUUUCGGCUUUAUUGUUCCACAGUUACGGGACUUGUACUGUUUGAAUUCAGACAAUUUUUCAUAUAUCGCACACUUACUCAAGUAUACCUGGAUUGAUUUCCUCAUAACUACAUUAUAGUAGGGAUUGAUAAAAGGAAGCUCAAAAUAAUUUUUUUGAUUAAAUAUCAUUUCCAAAGUUAUGGGACUUUGACCUUAAGCUAAAUAAAAGGCAUUUUUUAAAUGUCAAACACUAACUCUAGUUUGCUUGGAUCAAAUAACUACGAACUUAACGUUGUUGUUGGGAUUAGUGAAUGUAGAUUGGAUUCUGAAAAUUUUCUGGUUUUUCAUUCCAGAGUUAAUUGGAUUUUUAAAAGUCAUAUUUGACACAAUAUUUAUACACCUCAGAUCCUAAUGCAUGUUUUUCUACAGAGCCAUUUUAUUUGCUUCUGAUUAAAUGCCUUCUAAAUAUCCCAUUUUAUUUUUGCAAUAAUUUCAAUAUGCACAAUAAGGGCAUAUUAUGCGCUCUUGGCACAGCUGUUUAUGGCUUUUGUUGAAAUGUCUAUCUUUUCCAAGUUAACUACAAUGUAAAAUGUUUCUGCUAAUGUAAUGUUUGACCUUUUUUACCUCGUAGUUUGAAUUAAUUGUGGGGUAUGUUUAGCACCACAAAGCAUACAAUCUUGUUGAUUUAAUUUAUAGAAAAAAGUCAAUAAAAUGCAAUCUGAUUAGUUAACUUACUAUUGUUGAUUUAAAUCUUUUCUGACUUUGUAAAAUAAAAUUCAUGUUCAUUUCACAUUAUAUACAAAGCAAGGCAGCUAAAAAUAAACCUGCUGAAAAUUAUAUGAUUGAAAUAUUUGAAUAUUUGAAAAUAAUGUAAUUUUUUAUGCAGAAGUGCACUUAUAACCAUAUUAGGAAAUUGUUGUUACUAUUUUUAUUGAAAUUGUUCACACCAGUAGAUUAAUUAUGUGAAAUUUUAUAAAACUUAUUUGUUAUCACGUAGAAUACACAGCUGUUUUAUCUGUAUAACUAUGUGCCUUGCUUAUAUUAUUGAUUUAGUAUAUGUUAAAUAAAAAUUCUUACUGUGA